UGAUAAACUUAUUAAAUAGAUUGUUGAAUUAAAGAUGUUUUUGGUGGAGAAUUCAUGAGAUUGGAGAAAUCGACAAGAGUGGCUGAUUAUUGUAGCUGCGCAUGUGUGUUGGCUCUGGUGACAAUGAAGACCCUAACGUCACCCAGGGCACCUUUGUGAACAACCCAAACAAUCGCCGAGGACGUAAUCAAUCUCCACUGUUGCGCGGGGGCAGGGGAGCUAGGGCGGUACAGCCUAGAAAUAGACGCAGGGGGGAGCAGGACAUGUACAACGUGGGGGGAAGACGGAAACACAGCAGCAACAGUGGUGGGAUGAGUGGGAGGAGAGAUGUGCGCAUUCUGUUGCUAGGAGACAGCUGUGUGGGCAAGACCUCACUCAUUCUCUCCCUCAUCUCAGAGGAGUUUCUAGAAGAGGUUCCUGCGCGUACGGAGGAGAUCACAAUUCCACCAGAUGUCACUCCGCAAUUUGUGCCCACCCACAUCGUGGACUUCUCAUUCCAGGAGCAGGAGGAGUCUGAAUUGUACGAGGAGGUUGCCAGGGCCCAUGUAGUCUGUCUGCUGUUCGCUCUCAACGACCUCUCUACUAUAGAAUCGGUAAGCUACUACACACAGCAACAACAACAAGAGCCUCAACAUUACAUACUUCAGGCAGAAGUAUAA